GAUGGGCUGUAUCCAAAGCAUCACCUGCAAGGCGCGGAUCCGGCGCGAGAACAUCGUGGUGUACGAUGUGUGCGCCACCAUCGACCAGUGCCCUACGCGCAUCGAGGAGACCUCGCCCAUCGUCCUGCGCUACAAGACCCCCUACUUCAAAGCCUCGGCCCGCGUGGUCAUGCCCCCCAUCCCCCGCCACGAGACCUGGGUGGUGGGCUGGAUCCAGGCGUGCAACCAGAUGGAGUUCUUCAACACCUACAGCGACCUGGGCAUGUCAAGCUGGGAACUGCCCGACUUGAGGGAAGGGAGAGUAAAAGCCAUCAGUGACUCAGAUGGGGUGAGCUACCCUUGGUACGGGAACACCACAGAAACUGUGACCCUGGUUGGCCCCACCAACAAGAUCUCCAGGUUCUCCGUCAGCAUGAAUGACAACUUCUACCCCAGUGUGACGUGGGCGGUGCCUGUGAGUGACAGCAACGUGCCGCUGCUCACGAGAAUCAAGAGGGACCAAAGUUUCACCACCUGGCUGGUGGCCAUGAACACCACCACAAAGGAGAAGAUCAUUCUGCAGACCAUCAAGUGGAGGAUGAGGGUGGACAUUGAGGUGGACCCUCUUCAGCUAUUGGGACAACGGGCGCGGCUGGUGGGCAGGACUCAGCAGGAGCAGCCCCGUAUUCUGAGCCGGAUGGAGCCCAUCCCCCCCAACGCACUAGUGAAACCCAAUGCCAACGAUGCCCAGGUCCUCAUGUGGAGGCCCAAGCGGGGGCCACCUCUGGUGGUGAUCCCUCCUAAGUAGAAGGAGACUGGCCUGACACACCGCCGAGACACGCAGUGAAGGUGCCAGGGGUGGCAGGAGCCAAACUGAGUUUCUGAGCCAAAGCAGACCUCUCGGUCUGCCAGCCUUUGCAGCCACUUGUGAAGAGUAGGGCUGCUCCUUGGGUGGUAGACCCAUAAUCCUUAGGAAAAGUCCCUUCCUCCUGGAAUAAAGAAAUCACUGGUUUGACAGACUUGCUGUGAUUACCAUGCAAGUAGCCAUAUUUUGGAGCUGAGCAGGAGGAUUCUUUUAUCUGAACUAUUGACCAUUUCUUUCCUGUGAGACGCAGGGGAUGGAAACAAAAUUAAACCGUGCCUGUGGCAAAUGCUGCUUCCCAACCAGUUAGAAGUGGGAGUGAAAACAUCCACAUCAGGUGUUCGUAAGACAGACAGUCCUGCUGUCUGACUGGAGGGUGCUGGGAAAUGGGUGGUGAAAGGAUGGGGUAAUGGGAAGAGGGAAGAGUCAGAUGUUACUAUCAUUCAAUACCUGUGCAUUUAUUAGUUGAUGUCAGAUCAUCAACACAUUAGCUGGAAUGAAUGGAACACUUAGGAAACUGGAGAAAUGGUAUUUGUACCGUGGGGUUAGGGUUGGGGAAAUCUUGGAACUGUCCGAGGUGCUUACAUGAACUAACAGGUGGGAACUCUUCUUUAGUUCCAUCUUCCCACCUCUUUCCAAAAAAGAUCGCUUAUUCCCAGUAUUUUUAAUCACAGCAUUUGGAUACGUAAUUCCCAUAUUCUGUAGUAGCUGUGAUACUUGGGGCCUUCAUCAUGUUUUAGUGAAAUCCAAACUGUGUUUUUGUUUACAGCUGCUUAUUCUCUUCCCGUCACCAGCAUGAAAUUUAUUUUUUUUUAAGUUAUAAUCCAUGAAUCCAUGUAGGGCCUCAAGAACAUUUCGACAAAGAAGAGAAGUAUUUUUAUUC